AUGGUGUGGGAUCACUUCACCACCGAGACCGAUGAUCUACCUCCCAAGAAACGUCAGAGUUCUUCUGCUAAUAUCCCUCUAGAUCAAGAUCGCUGCAACCAUGAGAUGGCAAAGAUGAUCAUCAUGCAUGAUUACCCUCUUCGUAUGGUCGAUCAUUUUGCCGGUUUCUUGAAGGCUCUUCGUCCACAGUUCAGUAUGCCAAGCUUAGACACCAUUCAUGAUGAUUGUUUCUUAAUGUUCUUGUCACAAAAGCAGAAACUUUCAGACAUCAUUGCAGAGAUACCUGGGGGAGUUAACCUUACAGUAGACUUGUGGUCAUCAAAGCAAUCAGUGGGUUAUGCCUUUGUGUCCGGUCACUUUGUUGAUAAACACUGGAACUUAACUCACCUCCUUCUGAAUGUAUCUGUAGUUGCUUCUCCUGAUUCAGAUUCUGCGUUGAACCAACCUCUCGCAGCUUGCUUGUCUGAAUGGAAACUGGAAGGGAAGGUUUCAAGCAUCACUGUAAACAAAACCUGCAUUGAUAAUCUCAGAGGUUUCUUGUCUGUCAAGAACCAGCAUGUGUUGAAUGGUCAGUUGUUGAUGGGGCAAUGCUAUGCUAACGUUCUAAGCAGUAUGGCUCAAGAUGCACUUGCAGAUGAGCAGUUGAUUAAGAAAGUCAGAGACAGCAUCAAGUUUAUUAAGACAAACGAGACUUGUGGAGACAAGUUUGAUGGACUGAAGAAACUGUUUCCAGCAACCGAUGAUGCUCCUCCGUACAAAGAUCUUAACGUUGACAACAAGACCAGAUGGGACACAAGUUACAACAUGUUGUUGGCUGCUUAUGAACACAGACAACUCUUGUCUUGUUUGGAAACCUGUUGUCCUGAUUACAAAGUAUCAUCAAUAUCUCCUCAAGAUUGGAGAAAGAUUGAUGGUCUCUGCUCGUGCUUGAAGGUUCUUUUCGAAGCGGGUAAUGUCUUGACAAGGCCAAAGAAUCUGACAGCAAACGAGUUGUACCAUGAGAUGAUUAAACUUCAGCUAGAGCUGAGCCAUGCAGCGAUGUGUGAGGAAGACCUUGCAAACUCGUUGUGGGAGAAAUUUGACGUGUACUGGAGAGGAUGCUUCUUGGUUUUGGCGGUUGCUGUGGUCAUGGAUCCUCGGUGCAAGAUGCAGCACAUUAAGGGUAACUUCACUGAGUUGUAUGGUGAAGAAGAUGCUGAGAAAUGGAUCAAGACUGUUAGUGAUGCUGUUCAUGAUCUCUACCUUAGCUACGGUAGUGAACAAAACCUUAUGGAUGCUAAUAUAGAUGCCAAUGAGACAAGUCGACAAGUAGAGCAAACCACAGAGUCACAUGAACAUGAGGGACAGCGUAAAGUAGAGAAGCAAGAACUUGGUGAAAAUUCUCAAGCAAAGCCACUAGCAGAUGAAGACAACAUGGGUGAUGUGCUUCUUCAGGAAGGGUCUACUCUUGUUACAAUUGGAGACUCGUUGUCAGACUUUGAGAUUUUCCUCACGGAGCUGAACCGUUACCUAGGUGAAACGUUGGUUCUGGGGUCAGAAGACUUUGACGUUCUGAGCUGGUGGAGGAUCAACAGCAAUAACUACCCUACACUCUCUAAGAUAGCUGCUGAUAUUCUCUCCUUCCCUUGCAGCACCGUCUCACCUGAUUCAGUAUUUGGCACAGAAGUGAAAGAGAUGGACAAUUAUAGGACCGCUCUUCCUCGUGUAACCUUGGAAGCUCUCUUGUGCACCAAGGAUUGGCUCAAAAACCAAGAAUUAUGGCAAUCUUGA